UUGUAGUAGUAGUGUUGAGAAAUAGAGAGGUUGUGUUGUGUUGUGUUGUGUUGGGGAGAAAAAGAUUAAACCUGAAAGCCAACAAAGAAGGAAGCAUAAACCCUAACUUCACCUUUCGUCGCCUAUGGCAACCCUCGACCCAAUCCAAAACGGCACCGCCAACCCCCUCUCAUCCGACAAUCCCGCCGCAGACCCUCCCUCCACCACCGCCGACGACCCCGCUCCCGAGGCCGCCGAGAAGCGGUGGCCGGGAUGGCCCGGUCACUGCGUGUUCCGCCUCAUCGUGCCCGUGCUCAAAGUCGGCAGCAUCAUCGGCCGCAAGGGGGAGCUCAUCAAGAAGACCUGCGAGGAAACCAGAGCUCGCAUUCGCGUUCUCGACGGCGCCGUCGGCACCACCGAUCGAAUCGUACUCAUAUCAGGGAAGGAAGAGCCAGAGGCACCUCUUUCUCCAGCAAUGGAUGCUGUAAUAAGGGUUUUUAAACGUGUCUCAGGGUUAUCUGAAAUUGAUGGUGACAAUAAAGCAUCAGGGGUUGCAUUUUGUUCCAUCCGUUUAUUGGUGGCCUCAACUCAGGCCAUCAAUUUGAUUGGAAAGCAGGGCUCAUUAAUUAAAUCUAUACAGGAAAAUACCGGAUCUUCUGUUAGAGUACUGUCUGGAGAUGAGGUUCCCUUUUAUGCUGCUGCUGACGAGAGGAUUGUGGAACUGCAGGGAGAAGCCUUGAAGGUCCUUAGGGCCCUGGAAGCAGUAGUUGGGCACCUGAGGAAGUUUUUGGUUGAUCAUAGUGUUCUUCCUUUGUUUGAGAAAACUUACAAUGCAACAAUCUCCCAAGAGCGCCAGGCAGAUACCUGGGUUGACAAACAGUCGCUGCAUAGUGCUUCACAACCUAGCAUUGUAACUGAUAUGUCACUUUCAACAAAAAGGGAUUCUCUCUUUGCUGACCGUGAAAGUCAAUUGGAUUCAUUCCUCCCUCCCUCCACAAUGUCAAUAUAUGGGCAAGAUACUUCACUUUCUGGUCUUCGUUCUUCGACACUAAGUCGACCCAAUGUUCCUCCUAUUGUUACCACGGUAAUACAAACAAUGCAAAUACCACUGUCCUAUGCAGAGGACAUCAUUGGUAUACAAGGGGCUAAUAUUGAUUACAUUCGCCGAACUAGUGGGGCCAUAUUGACUGUGCAGGAGAGCCGUGUGCCAGAUGAAAUCAUUGUGGAAAUUAAAGGAACCUCAUCUCAGGUUCAAAUGGCACAACAGUUGAUUCAGGAAGUUGUAAGCAAUCACAAGGAACCUGUCGCUAGUAAUUACAGCAGCAGGUUAGAUACAGGAUUGAGAUCUUCUUACACUCAAUUGGGAAGUUCAUCGUAUUCCUCAUCUUCCCUGCCUUCGCAACCUUACAGCGGGUAUGGAUCUUCUGGUCUGGGAGGCUAUAGUACUUUCAGACUUUGAAUUGGUGUCUCUAGGUUACAAUGACUUCAUUUUGAGCCAAAUUCUUCUAAUUGGGUCUGAUCUGAUUGGAGAGUCAAUGCUGGAAUGUAUUAUGAAGCCACCAAAAUCACGUUUUCUUUCAUCAUUAUGUGUUAUCAUCAUGUAAUUGGGUAAUCUUCGAUGUGACCAAGAGAUGAGUAGUGCCAUUCAAAUUGUAAUGAAAUAUUAACCAUUUUCAGGGUGUUUAGUUUUGUAGUGUAUAUGCGCAUUGAUUUAUAGCUUAAUCGUGGUAUCUAUAGGAGCAUUAAACUAUAUUUUCUAUUUAUUUUAUUUUAUAUUUACAAUGCUAA